CUAGGAGCGCCACUAGGUUUUCGUCUGCUGGCCUCCGAUAUGGGCUCGACUAAUCAGCAUUGAUUUCAUCCACAUUUCCUUAUCAUAUUAACUGUUCCGAAAGCGUAAGGCAGUUGAGGCAUAUCCACAAUGAUAUUUGGAGGUGAGACGGUGGAUGAGGUCAGCUUCAGGUUCUCAGAGCUGGUUCCUGUGGUGCUGAUUGCCUGGCUGACAGGCUCCACUCCCCGUGCUGCACAAUAAAGAGCCUUUCAAGCCCAGACAAGACUACAGGGCACCGCCAUGAAGCCAGGUCACGAGCGCAAUCAGGAGUGCCUGCCUCCCAAGAAGAGGGAUCUCAACAACAGCACCAGUAGUAGUAGUGCGGGAGGAGGGGCAGGAAGUGGGGUGGGGGGAGGAGGAGAAGUGGCCACUCAGAGCUCAGGGGUCAGUAGUGACACUCAGGGAGGAGGCACAGCAGAAGAGUGGCUGCGUGCCCAGCCUGGUCUACACUAUGGAGUAGAGAGUGCUGAGGGCCUCCAAGGGCUGCCCGUUGACCAGUACAGCAUGCUCUAUAGGGUGGCUCUCCCCUCUGUCUCCUACUCCCAGACCAGUCUACACCCAGUGUUAAGCCAUAUCUCUCCAGCUUACACUGUCCCCUCAUCUCUCCUACAGCAUCAUCCAGGGAUCUCCUAUCCCCCUCUAGGCUAUGCCCAGAUCCCCCACUCCUCUUUCCAGUUUGUCUCCCCAUACGGUGCAGUCCCUUAUGCAGUCCCCCCUGGCUUUGUCCCCAGCUCCCUGAUCUCUCCCUCGGGCACCCUCUCCCAGCCCCACCUGGUCCCCUACCAGUCAGUCAUCCAGGAGGGGGUGGUCUCCCCUCCUACCCAGACACAUGUAUCUGCCCAUGCCUUUGCCAAAGUGGGGUCGUCCGGAGGUGUCCCGCUGAUGCUGACCUCGGAGCAGGCUGCCCAGCACCAGCAGCACCUGGGUGCGCUGCCCGCCGCAGAGCUCAGUCCUCGGGGAGUGCCUGUCUUUUACCACUCUCGGGGAACCAGGGCUGCACCUGCCCCCUGGGACCCCUACAGCAGGGAGCAGGAGACAGACGGGGAUAGGGAGGUGAAUGGAGGGGAGAGGGAGCAGGCAGCCAGGGAGAUGCUCCAGGACUCAGUCUACAAUGCCAGGAAUCCACGGCUGCCGCAGGCAGCAUCUGCCUCUGUAGCACUGGAGCACGCACAGGACAGAAGCCUGAAGAGCCGCAGGCUGGACGAGAGGGCUUCGCCUGGGCAGCGCAGCACCCCAGAUACUGACCUGGAGGUUCAGCAGGUCGUUGGUCGCCUAGCCUCUCCUGUCCAAGGUGUGAGUGGAGGCCGCAAAGAGGUGUCCUUUGGUCCCCUGAACCUAUCCCAGGGCUCUCAGAGAGGCAGAGAGGCUCAUGGGGAGGCAGGGGAGAGUGCUGGCCGGACAGGGUACGCGAUCCACCCUGCGGUGUAUGGAGACCCCCGAGUGAUGGCCCAUCAACAGCAGGCAGGGCAGCCAGGCCACGCUGUCAUCUUGGCCAAUGGACAGACAGUCCUGGUCCCCUUAGACUAUCACCACCACCACCUCCCCCACCAACAUCAACAGCCACCCCAGCACUACCCCAGCCAAACCAAUGAUGACACCUCUGCUGUCACCAUGGCCUCCCCCACCCCCUACUCUAAAGCCUCUGAAUCUCCAGCCAGAGUGUGCCUCCCAGACAGGGCUGUGGUGGAGCUGGCCGCUGUGGAGCAGCACCCCCAGCAGCCUUUUUCUGUCCCAGUCACGGCAGCACUCACGCAGGCCCCGGCGCCCACCCCUGCCCCCUCCAAUCCCUCCCAUUUCAUGAAGGGGGCCAUCAUCCAGCUGGCCACGGGGGAGCUGAAGCGUGUGGAGGACCUGCAGACUCAGGACUUUGUGCGGAGUGCUGAGGUGAGCGGGGGGCUGAAGAUCGACUCCAGCAUGGUGGUGGACAUCAGGACCAGCCAGCAGAGACCCGGCCUGGUGGUGCUGCACUUCACAGUUGGCGAGCAGCAGAGCAAGGUGACCAUCGACGUGCCCCCGGAGCACCCCUUCUUUGUGUUUGGCCAGGGCUGGUCCUCCUGUAGCCCAGAGCGCACGGCCCAGCUCUAUGGCCUGGCCUGCCACCACCUGCAGGUAGGAGACGUGUGUGUGUCCAUCACUCUGCAGCAGCCGCCCCAGCAACAGAAACAGCUCCUGCAGCAGCAGCAGCAACAACAACAACAACAACAACAACAACAGCAGCAGCAGACCCAAGCCAGGACUUCCACCAAAGCCAACUCCACAUCAGGGGCCAUCGGCCAGCCCAUGGGGCCCCCUGCCCCCCAGCAGCCCAGGCCACAGCCUCACUUCAGGAUGGAACGCGUCCACAGAGAGAGGGAGAGGGGGGAUAAAGAGGAGCCCAUGCAACUAAGGGGUGUUGGGCAGAGUGAGAUGCCUACCAGACCAAAUAGGACUUCAGCAGAGCACACUAGGAGCCAGAGCAGUUACUAUUUGCACACGGAGGGUUCUGUUCGUCCAGGGGCGGGGGUGGGAGUGGUGUCGACAGUGUCGAGCGCGUCUCAGAGGCGCUGGUCCGCCCCAGGCCUUCAGAGAUGCAUGAAGGUGGAGGAAGGGGCGCACCCUCAGCUGUCCUCCUCUCGACCCUCCUUCAUCCCACAGGAGGUCAAACUGUCCAUUGAGGGGCGCUCUAACGCUGGGAAGUAGCACCAACCACAGCAGUCCACACCACAGAAGAGACUGUCAGAGGAGCGAAAGCAUCAGAGAGCGAGAAAGGGGAUAAAUAGUGGAAAUGUAGCCUCAGAAUGUUUGAAUAUUUUGCACACCUAAUAAGAUUACAAGCUCUUUGUUUUCAGAGGAACUACCUGGUCUUGUGGCUGGUCAGGUCUGUUCUAUUUGGUAGUCAGUCAGUCAGGACAGCUCCUGGUCCAGUGAUCAGGAGAUAGGGUCUCUGUUAUCCCAGGCUGACAGGGAGCGGAUGCAGAAGCAGGGAGUGUAUGUAGCUGGUGAAUCGCCUACCAAAGUCCUCAGACUGCAUCUUCCUUCAUCCCUACCAACCCCUCAGAACCAUCCUUAUCACAGGUGAACCAACCCUCAGAACCAUCCUUAUCACAGGUGAACCAACCCUCAGAACCAUCCUUAUCACAGGUGAUCGCAUUCACUGGACGUUCUCUCUUCUUUGACCAAACCAUCUCUGGAAACCCAAGACUGGGGAGAAUAUGUAGCCCAUCUCUGGUAGACAGAGGGUCUGACAGUGACAAGAACAUAGCUAUCCUAUUAUGCUCUGUCUCCCCCACAUUUCUAUUUUGGUCUGUUACCUUCAAAAGCGUUCUCCAAAAAGAAAAAAAGACUAAAGGCACACUUGUGGAGCUGAAUUGCUGGCAUCGGCACAUAGAUGCUUUUCCCUCUAAUGAUGUUGGUUCUCUUGAUGCAGACUCUUGACGUGUCAUCGUCACUUAGUGUGCUUCUCUAGUAGGAGCAGAGGACCUACCAAGGCACAGACACUCUCCCUCGUCUCCCUGCCUCUCCUCGUAGGGCCCAGUCUGCUGAGAGAGGGUCUGAGAGGAGGGUAGGCAGCCAUAGAGGUCUUUCAAUCAGCUCCUUCAAUCAACCAAUCAGAACCUAGGAAACCGCUCACUCCUUUCGUAAUGCACAAACCACGCUUCCCCGUUUUUCAUUUUACACCCCAACCCCACUUUGUGCCACAGUUACAUGUCAGUUUUCCUUUCGAAAGAAACCAAAAGAGAUCAUGCAUUCCAGUAUCAUAGUGAUUAUCAUAGUAACCACAACACAACUCAUCUUCCCGAAUGCAGCCCUCCCUGCCUGCUACACCUCUCAGCAUUCCUCUGGCUGGUGACUGUUUACUGUCAUUGUAUUAGUAGACACCACUACUGGAGGCACGGGCUGGUCUCCACCAAUGUCACCUGUGGGAAUGAUGCCUGCAUGGAGCAGUACUGGCUGAGAAAGUGAAACCUCCCCAUAGAGCCAUGUUGGCUCUCUCAGUACAGCAGCCCCUGGGCCUAUGAGGGGGAAUCCUGUGUGUGUGUUGGAGGGGAUUGAGUUGGCCCUGCUUCUUACCUCUUUCACACUAUUGUCCCAACACAAACUGGGGGGGAUCUUUUGGCUUGCUUUCCAGUGAAUAUAAUUGGUUUAAGGUUAUCCUGCCAUUUUCCAGCCUGUUUUAGGUUGUUCGUGGCUAGCUAACUAUGUGCCUCUGCUCGUUUAAAAGCAGGAUGGCACUAGAUAUGUUAUCUGGCCAAGUCAGCUUACACGACUGUGAAAUGGGUAUAUGAGACCAGUCAAUCCUUGCUCAGUUACCAAAAUCGAAGCAAUAGUGUAUUUUCUGUUUAUUUGGGGUUUUCUGUAUAUUUUGUUAUUGUUUUUAUAUAAAUAUACAGCUUGUGUGUCAGACCUAAUACUAUCUUUAACCCUGAAAUGUUCCUGCUUUUCAAAGGUGAUGCACAAUUUGGCUCUGAAAUGUUUUGAUCUUUGUUAUUCCAGAUUCACAAUCAAAGCAUGCCUUUUGAAAUUCUUUUUAUUUCAAAAACCAGGCAUUUAUUCUGAAGAGAAUAGUCUCCUUUUUGAUGGACUGGAGGUUCGGGCUCUGAUCCUCACUGAUAGUAUUCAUUAUGGUUUUAUAUGGUUACCCUAUAUAGUUACUCUAUAUGGUUUUAUUCAAGUGCAUCUCCGAGAGGGGCUUGACUCCAAAUCAGUGGUGAGCAUCUUAACUCCCCUCUGUUUUGUCCUCUCCAUUGUCUUUUAAUCUAUUUGUGUACAUGUAGAAUUGUUUUAUUCUGUCCAUGGCAAUAUUAUUUCCAGUGGACCUUAAGAUUGUCUUGUAUUGCACAUAGAAAACUUCACCUGUUGAUUCACACUGACCUUGUAAUGGGAAUCACAAAUAGUUUCUUCUUUUUUUUUUUAUGAAGGGAAAAUGUUUUUGUAGCUAUUAUAUUUUUUUGAAGUGUUCUUAAGGUAGUUUUGGCAAUAGAGAAACUGACUUGCAUGGUUGACACUGUUUACAAAUUAGCCAAGACAAAAUGCUGCAGUUCUCUUUUUUCGGACACCGAUUUUAGUCACAGAAACUUCAAGUGGAUGAAAUCAAGAUGAAGUGCAAUUAGAGCAGAUGCAAAAAUCACACAGACAUUUAGUUUGGUAUGUCAUUCCAUAAAGCAGACAGACAUUUAGUUUGGUAUAUCAUUCCAUAAAGCAGACAGACAUUUAGUUUGACAUGUCAUUCCAUAAAGCAGACAGACAUUUAGUUUGACAUGUCAUUCCAUAAAGCAGACAGACAUUUAGUUUGAUAUGUCAUUCCAUAAAGCAGACAGACAUUUAGUUUGGUAUAUCAUUCCAUAAAGCAGACAGACAUUUAGUUUGAUAUGUCAUUCCAUAAAGCAGACAGACAUUUAGUUUGAUAUGUCAUUCCAUAAAGCAGACAGACUUUUAGUUUGACAUGUCAUUCCAUAAAGCAGACAGACAUUUAGUUUGAUAUGUCAUUCCAUAAAGCAGACAGGCAUUUAGUUUGAUAUGUCAUUCCAUAAAGCAGACAGACAUUCCACUUAGCUUAUGGUAAUUCUGUUUUUCUUUAUCUUCUAAAAUGUCUUCACUGUUAAUCCUCUUGUCAGAAAGACAUUUCACCUCAGUUUUGUCUAGUUUUAAUGUCUCUGGUCACUUCUGAACCGAUAGUCCUUGUCUGCAAAUAAUGUGUAUUUGUUUUGAUAUCACCUGUGUCACAUGAUGUGCUCCAACACAGAUCCAAGCAUUAAUAUCCCAGGCUCACCGAUACUGUGUGAGAAGGUAACUGUGUGUUAGAGCAUCUAUCUGCUGUCCUGUCUGUCCUUGUAUCCUGGGCUUUGAGCUCUGAGGUGAAGACUGGUGAUUGUGUGUGGUGACAUCCAAUGCCUUCUAACGGACUUGAGUCCCUCAUCCACGCUAUUUAUAGACGGCUGUGUCAAAUCUAGUUCAUACACCCCUUCCAACUCCACCACCCUACUGCCUCCAGAACAUUUCUGUUGAGUGGAGCCUCCAAGGACACACGGUUCACUGAGGAUAAAACCUCAGACAGUCUUUGACAACAAGCCAUGAGAGAAUGUUCCUGAAGGAGAGGGGCGGUCCGUUAGGCCUGAUCAGGGCAGAGUCACAUGCCAUUUGAUACAGUCAUAACAACCAAUCUGUAAUUUUGUUGAAAUAUACAUGUUUUUAAAUACGGUAGUGGUUAAAUGCCAUACAGAGAUGAGCUGGAUGAUUUUCCACAGUGGAGCAGUAGACAUUUAGCCAUAAACCGUUCAAUACUUAUUAAUUUAUUUUUUACAGUAAUUUACGUUUGUUACAUUUUUUAUGCUAUAAGCAAUACAGUUAAACAGAAUACCUGAAAAUAUGUCAUGUAGUUUAAGGAUGUGCUAUGCAGUAAACUCUGAAGUAUUCUGCUCUUCAGUGACCAAGUGUACCUACUAUGGGGUAGGACAGGUUUGUAAUCUAUAUAAGAAGGUGGCUGAUGCAGUCAUUGUACACUGAUCUCUCUGAGUACUAUAGCUUAUCAUUGCCCACUAUUGGGUGUCUGAAUAUAGUGGAUUUAUUUUGUUUUUGGUUGGUUGUUUUUGUUCAGACCCUUAGUUGUCACUAACCUAAGUUCAGCACAGUGUUUUGUUCAGACCCUUAGUUGUCACUAACCUAAGUUCAGCACAGUGUUUUGUUCAGACCCUUAGUUGUCACUAACCUAAGUUCAGCACAGUGUUUUGUUCAGACCCUUAGUUGUCACUAACCUAAGUUCAGCACAGUGUUUCGUUCAGACCCUUAGUUGUCACUAACCUAAGUUCAGCACAGUGUUUCGUUCAGACCCUUAGUUGUCACUAACCUAAGUUCAGCACAGUGUUUUGUUCCAGUCAGCUCAGCUUAUUACCUCCACCUUACGCUGCCAGGUAGUACAGACCAAAUCAUGACCAGAGAUGGGUAUGCAUGUGUAACUCAAAUUGUUAUGUAAAUCUGUCAUUGACGUCUAUGGAUUUGUGCUGAAAUUCAAAUUAUGUGCAUGGAUAUCCAGUUAGAUUUUGGCCUUACGAUCUUUCUUGGUCACGUGUAGCAAUCCCUUGGUUAGAUAUGGUAUGAAUGUUAAGGUGUGUAUUUCAGCCCUGUAGGGUCAGAGUCUUCUCUUUGGUGAACUUUUACUCUCCAAAAUGUACUGCCUUACCAAGGGCUCUCAGCUGGGCCUGUCUCACAUUUUAUAGGAGAUGGUGUGGAGAGUGCAGAUGCUCUGAAAAAGGAUGCUGUCAGGACGCUGUCAGCCUGCCUGUGUCUGUGCACUGUUGUCAAAUGUUUUGUGAAUGGGUUGCAUCUCAUGUCCCACCUCCCUGGGGGCUCUUCUAGAAAGCAGGAUCAAUGAGUUAGCCAGCUAACAGUCCCCCAAAAAACAGGAAAACUGCAUUUUUUUUUCUAGAUAUAUGAACUUUGAAAUUUGUAAUUGUAUAAUUGACUUGACAACCAACAAUCCAUAUUGGGGUUUAGUUUUCUAAAUAAAAAUCAAGAGAUGUAUUUGACUGUUUAUCAAAGUUACCUGGCUAAGGUAAUGAUCCUGCUUCCUGGAACACCCCACUGCUCAUCAACACACUCUUUCCUCCAGAUAUUCUUACUUCAGUAAAAUAUUAUUAACAAACAGCACUUCUGUGUCUUACCACCUCCUCUCCUCCCCUUGCCUUGCCACACAACAUGUGUAUCAAACACAGUAUUCUGGUCUGGGACAACCAUUCUAGGUGCAAAGCAGUGCCUCCUGUUUAUUGACCUCUUCCUCUCUGUCUUGAACACGGUAUGAGGCAGUGGCCGUAUGACCACUCUGACUCUCAGCAGACAGUCAGGUGGACAGGCACAUUAGCAGCACGCCCUCUGUUAGUCAGACUAGCAUCGUUCUCAGACUUCUGCUCGGAGCGUGAAAGUGCUACUUCAGCCAUUUUCUAGGUUCUUCUCUUGACUCUAACCAUCGUAAGAAAGGGGAAACAUUGGACCUGUACGUUUUUGACCUCACUCUUCUUAUUACAUAGUCAAAGAAAAUUGCACUAAUUUGCCAUCCUUUAUAGUAUUAUAAAAUUAACGGUUAGUUAAUUGAAGUUUUUAAUUAUUAGCGCUAAACACAAAACCCAAUGAAACAAUCACUUGUCAGUUGUGCAUGUUUGUAGAGAUAAUGUUUUGUAUGGCUAUUAUCAAGCUUGUCAAUAAUGCCUUAAGAUCUGUACAAUGUGUUCAUGGAAUGAUGCUUAUAAGUGACCCAGUUUCCCUGUUUUUCUGUAGCUGCAAAGGUGGAUCAGUUCACUCUUGUUGUAUUGACCCCUCUUGGCACUCUCCUGGUGUUUUAUUCAUAAGCAGAAAGGCAUUUGGAGAUGGACUGUAUCUCCGGAUAGGGAGAGGUUACAGUGAGGGAUCAUGUUAGGGUGAGUCCCUAUCGCUGCUUGAAAGCUGGACCAGUAACUGACUCACUGUUGUUGUUUUUUUACACACACACACACACACACACACACACACACACACACACACCUCUGUUGUUAAUGUGAGUGCAUGUUGGGAGUAGGUCCCUGAAGGUGAGAGGUUGGGCUCAAUGUAUUUUUGUUCUGGUCCUGUCUGAUCUACUUGGGAGAGAAUGUGAGGCUUUUCAAACCAGUGACAACUUUUCUUUAUUGGUAACUGUAUGGUCUGUUUUUGUUUUGUGAUUAUGGAAAAAGGCUUUAUGACCCCUGUAUAAAGUAGCCCUGUUGGUCUGAUCUUGUAUGACUAAGGUAAAUAGACUGGAUGGGAUGGUGUUGUUGCCAGGCACUAGAGAUGCAGAAUUAAAUCAGGAAGAUGAGAAUGGUUCAAAGUUAAUGGAGUCGUUGGGUAUUUUCAGAUUUUACAUUUGUAUUUUGGCACUAAAGUUACUGCUUUUUACGUGACAUUUGACUAGUUUUAAAAGAAACUGCAUCUUUUUUUAAAGUAUAAAAUCUGCAAAAUAUAUGCAAUGAUGUAUGUAAUAUUCAAUCCUCAAAUAUAAUCCAGGUUGUAUAAACUUUUGUAUAGUGAGUUUUAAUAUCGUAUAGCCGUACCAAUAUGUAUUGAUUCGUAUCAAAAGCCUUAGUUGUCUAUCCAAAGUGCUCCCUUAGAAUACAGUACCCUACACCUACCUGAACUUUACAAAGCAUUAAUAACUAUAUUUUGUUGCGUUUUUUUAUUUGUACUCUUUUUGAAUAAAAUAGAUUUGUACUGUAUAUUUGUACCGCUGUGAACUACUUAAGGCUGUUUUGUUUUUGUUUUGCUGUUUUAAUUCUAUGUACUUAAGGACACAAAGAUAUUGUAUUUUUAUUGUUACAGCUAACUUCUUGGAGACAUUGCAUUUAUCAUGUUUGUUAAGUAAACACAAUAAUAUAUAUAUAUAUAUAUAUACUUACUAUUAC